UCUACAGUUCUUACCCAGCAACUAAUCAAUUCGACUAUUCUAAAUAUUAAAAAUAUGUAGUAAAGUGAACACUAUUUCUUAUCAUAAAUAAACAGUAGAAAAUGGGUUCUUCCAUGAGCUCAUUGGCUGCGUGUGCGUGCGGAAGGAACAUUAUAACAAUAAAUAAUCGAAGAUACUUUUUCCAAACUAACAUUGGGGAGGGAGGCUUUAGUUAUGUUGAUUUGAUCGAAGGAAAAAAAGACGGACAAUUUUAUGCUCUGAAACGGAUUAUCUGCCACGAUAAAAAAGCUCGAGAUGAGGCUUUAGAAGAAGCGGAGUAUUGUAGACAAUUUCAUCACGAUAAUAUAAUUCCUCUUGUGGACCAUUGUGUGGUUGAUAAGGGCAGAUUAACAGAAGUUUGGCUUUUGCUGCCGUUUCAUAAACGAGGAACAUUAUGGGACGAAUUUCAACGCUUUAUUAGUAAAAAAGAAUGGAUUGAGGGAAGGAGAGUUUUGCGAAUUUUUUAUGGGAUAUGUAGAGCUGUGGAAGCGUUUCAUACUCACAAACCACCAUUGGCACAUCGGGAUUUGAAGCCAGCUAAUGUUUUACUAACCGAUGAAGACGUACCUGUGUUAAUGGAUCUAGGAUCUGUUGCACCUGCUAGAGUUGAAAUCAAAUCUUUUUCUCAGGCGCAAGAGUUACAAGAUUUAGCCGCGGAACGAUGUACAAUGCCUUAUCGAGCACCUGAACUGUUCCAGGUUAACAUUCACACCAUUAUUGAUGAGAAAGUUGACAUUUGGUCACUAGGUUGUAUUCUAUACAGUCUUAUGUGUCUUGAAGGCCCCUUCGAUAAAGCUUGGUUAAAAAAGGAUUCUGUUCAUUUAGCUGUCCAAAACAGAAAGUUGGUCUAUCCAGAUAACCACCCUUUCCUCCAAGUUUUCGAAAUCGUUAAUGAGCUUAUGGUUCUUGAGCCAGAAACGAGGCCCAACAUAGAGUGGACUAUUUCUCAAGUUGAAAAAUUAAGAAAUUCACAAAUGGAUGAUUCAUAGGAGUGAUCUCAAUAUUCGUUUGAUUUUGUAUUUCCUGCCUCAUGCUUUGAUUAACUUUUCAGAAUAAUGUAGCCUAAUUCUAAAGCAAGUUGAUUAUAAUACAAACUUCUGUCAUUUAAUUUUGAUAAUCAGAUGAUAAUCAACUAUUUAUUUUCAAGUUCAGCCUUCAGUUAUUGAUCAAGCAAUUACUGUAUAUCCUCGCCAUUCAAGCCGACCUCCUAAAGUUUUUUUUUUUAAUUCGCAUAUAAGCCACAAGCGAUCAUGUGUAUGACAACCAAUCACAGACUGUUAUCGCUGGUAUAGCGUACCAAGCGAGCGCGCUUUGUGUGUGUGAGAAUUUAGCAUGGUUCGAGUUGUAUUCAUUAGAAUUAAGUUAGCAUAAUGUCGUUUCAUUUGAGUGUGAUCACUGAUCAGAGUUUUAUGCGUUUAAGCCUUAAUUUGGCAAUUUUUUGUUGAGUUUUUAACUCCGCUUACAUGCGUGGAUAUACAAUUCCACAGAAAUGCCAUAUCAUGGAAGUGGAUUUGGGGCUCCCGAAGUAUGCGAACCAAGAUGGCAGACAUCGGAAUGUAAUAUGUGAACUAGGUUAGGGUUAGGCCAUAAUUUUAGGUAUAAAUACUGCGGGAGGCUCUUGGCUAGUCUUCGAAC